GCAGCAGCGGGCGGCAGCGCAGCCGGGCUCGGGGGGCUCCUCUGUGCACCCCAAAAGGUCCCACCCGGGUUCGGGGGGCUCCUCACCGCACCCCACAGGAUCCCACCCGGGUUCGGGGGGCUCCUCUCCGCACCCCAAAAGGUCCCACCCGAACUAGGGGGGGCUCCUCUCCGCACCCCAAAAGGUCGCACCCGAGCUCGGGGGGCUCCUCUGUGCACCCCACGGCUCCUGGGGGAUGGCGAGGACGUGAUCCCAGCAGGACAUGGGACUCUGAGAGCGGCCGGUGCUCACCUCGCUGCCAACAGCCACCAUGGGCUGCUGCUGCAGCUCAGACUAUGAUGAGGACUGGAUUGAGAACAUCGACAUUUGCGAGCACUGCAAUUACCCCAUCGAGCCUGACAGCAAGCGCCAGAGGCUGACCCGCAACGGCUCCGAGGUUCGAGACCCUCUGGUGUCCUACGAGCCCUCGUCACCUCCGUGCUCCCCCAUGCAAGAUAAGCUGGUGGUGGCCCUGUAUGACUACGAGCCCAAGCACGACGGGGACCUGGGGCUGAGGAAGGGGGAGAGGCUCCGUGUCCUGGAAGAGAACGGGGAGUGGUGGAAGGCGCAGUCGCUCACCACGGGCCAGGAGGGGCUGAUCCCCCACAACUUCGUGGCCUUGGUGAACAGCCUGGAGCCCGAGCCGUGGUUCUUCAAGAACAUGAGCCGCAAGGACGCCGAGCGGCAGCUCCUGGCCUCGGGAAACACCCACGGCUCCUUCCUCAUCCGGGAGAGCGAGACCUCCAAAGGCUCGUACUCGCUGUCCGUGCGGGACCUGGACGAGAGCCAGGGAGAGACGGUGAAGCACUACAAGAUCCGGAACCUGGACAGCGGCGGCUUCUACAUCUCCCCCCGCGCGCCCUUCGGCAGCCUCAGGGAGCUGGUGCAGCACUACACACGCAGCUCUGACGGGCUCUGCUGCCGCCUGGGCAAGCCCUGCCGGACGCAGAAGCCGCAGAAGCCGUGGUGGCAGGACGAGUGGGAGGUGCCGCGGGAGUCGCUGAAGCUGGUGGAGAAGCUGGGAGCGGGGCAGUUCGGAGAGGUCUGGAUGGGUUUCUACAACGGGCACACGAAGGUGGCAGUGAAGAGCCUGAAGGCUGGCAGCAUGUCCCCCAGCGCCUUCCUGGCCGAGGCCAACCUGAUGAAGAAGCUGCAGCACCCGCGGCUGGUGCGGCUCUACGCCGUGGUCACCAAGGAGCCCAUCUACAUCAUCACCGAGUUCAUGGAGAAGGGCAGCCUCGUGGAUUUCCUCAAGACCUCGGAAGGAGUCAAGCUCAGCACCAACAAACUGCUGGACAUGGCAGCGCAGAUUGCUGAAGGCAUGGCCUUCAUCGAGGCCAAGAAUUACAUCCACAGGGACCUGAGGGCCGCCAACAUCCUCGUCUCGGACACUUUGUGCUGUAAAAUCGCCGAUUUUGGGCUGGCCCGGCUCAUCGAGGAUAACGAGUACACGGCUCGGGAGGGGGCUAAAUUCCCGAUUAAGUGGACAGCACCCGAGGCCAUCAACUACGGGACGUUCACCAUCAAGUCGGACGUGUGGUCCUUCGGGAUCCUGCUCACCGAGAUCGUCACCUACGGCCGGAUCCCGUAUCCAGGGAUGACCAACCCCGAGGUGAUCCAGAACCUGGAGCGCGGGUACCGGAUGCCGCAGCCGGACAACUGCCCCGCGGAGCUGUACGAGCUGAUGAGGCAGUGCUGGAAGGAGAGCCCCGAGGAGCGUCCCACCUUCGAGUUCAUGAAGAGCGUGCUGGAGGAUUUCUUCACCGCCACCGAGGGCCAGUACCAGCAGCAGCCCUGAGGGCCUGGCAGCUGGGACAGCCCCGCUUUGGGGUGCUGGAGGUGCCCCACGUCCCCACAGACCCCAUGGACAUCACCCCGGGGUGAACUCUGCCUGGGAAGAUUUGAAGCGCUCCAGAGCUUGGGAGCAGCAGAUUUCACCCCUUCAGGAGGGGAUGGACGGCCAAAGCAGACCCCCAGAAGCUGGGGGAUGGCACAGGGGGCUCUGCUGGUGGCCAGAGGGUGCCCACCCUGCUGUCCCUGCGUUUUCCAGGGGGCACAUCCAGGCUCCAGCCCCUCAGGAGCUGCCCAGGGGUCGCCUCACCCGGCUCUGGCCGUGCCCCCUUCACCCCCGGUGAUGGCAGGAGCCCCCCAGCAGCACUGGCCACUGCACCCCUCGGCUGUGGGACGCUCCUUCUCCCCCUCGGCGUUUGCAGGACCUGUCCCACACCAAUUUUGGGGAAAUAAAGGCCUUUUC